ACCCCUCAAUCCAACCACCCCAUUCACAGAAAUAUAUGAAGAAAGUUUGCCCCAAAAACAAAAUAAAUAAAUAAAAGAAAGGCCCAUUGAAUGAUGAGAUUCAUGGAAGAUGAAACAAUAAUUACCCAUAUGAACGAAAGAUUUAACAAUAUGAUUCACAAGAAUCAAUUCAAAGUAUUUUUCAGUUUUGGAUGGUCAAUGAAUCCAUAUAGUGAAAACUAAUGGUUUUUCUUGUCACACGCGUGUUGAUCUAUAGAUCAGAAGCUACAUGGACCACGUACCUUUAAAUUUCAUCUAAGCCAAAAACGCCAUUUGUUGACCAGUUGGCAGUGGAAUUUCUGCGUCCAACCAUUGCCCCAUUGCAUGCGGAUGUUUAGCUAGCACACUAUAAGAAAAACACUCAUAGACGUUGACUUCUAAUAAAUCGACGCUAUAGCUGAUUUAGCAUCAAUCUUAGGAUGUACUGUUGUUAAACGACUCCAAUAAAAUUAUAUUCAAAGUAACUUUAGCUUCACUCAACUAGUUAUUUUAAGCCCUUUGUAAUUCAGAUCAAGCACGCAAUAAAUUUAUACAAGAGUUCUACAUAUAGAAUGGCAAGAAUAUGCUAAGAAGUGCUGGUGUGCUCCAUUGCAUCUACAAAAUAAGUUCACUUUUUGACAAAACUGUAAAGAGACAUUUCUUUUUCAGUUUAAAAAUUGUAGAGUUUUUUUCAGAAAGUGGGAAAGGCAUCCCGUCAUCCACGUUAAAAUACGCAAAAAUAUUAUUAGCAUUUGAUACUCACUCGACCAGUUUUAGUUAUUGUUGUUAGAUAAAUAACCAAAUUAGAUUCAAGGUCCAAAUAAUUCAAAUAUAAUAACAAUAAUAUAGAGUCAUGUUGGAAUUUGGUAUAAAGGAAAAUUAAAAAUCUUAGUAUAAUUCAACUUUGAUCAUCUAAAUUAGCUAUUAGUUGAUGAUUAAAUGCCAUGAAGUAGUGCAUGGAUUGCCCCAUUAGAGUAUCUGUGAUUUUGUUGAUACGUUGAAACUUGAAAGUUGAAACUAAACUUGCUUUUCCGUGUUUUUUAAAAUUUAUCGGGUUCUCACUUAUAUCAUUUUUUUAUAUUUGGUUGACAUCAUGGCUCAACCGUUGACAUCACUGACUAAUUUUCUUGCCACGUGUUUUGUAAUAAUCGGUAAAGUCUAACUAUAAAAUUUAAUUAUUUUUAUGGGCGAGGAUCAAGCUCCAACCUAAUGGUUAAUACACGAGGUGAGCAACCACUAGGCGGGACCCCAUAGUUUCACAACCCAACGGUUGUGCUCCAGCAGUCAAAUUAUCAACGAAUCAGAGAGACAAAGAGUGAAUUUUUUAAGAGAAGAGCAUAUGAAUGCAAUAACUAAAAAGCAUAAGAGAUUUUUGGGUUACUCUUGGAUCACAGAAAAUGUUCAGCUUCAGGAUAGCUGUGGUAAUAUUAAUCAUGUUAGGAACUCUUGGAGUUGAUUUGCAUGUUGUGGAAGGCAGGCCACGCCGGAUUCUUUUGGAUACAGAUGUUGAUACUGAUGAUUUCUUUGCUCUUCUCUACCUUUUGAAGCUUAACAGAUCAGAAUUUCAGUUGGAGGGAAUCACUGUGAGUGCAAAUGGUUGGACUAAUGCAGGACAUGCUGUGAAUCAAGUUUAUGACUUGCUUUACAUGAUGGGGAGAGAUGACAUAUCAGUUGGAGUGGGAGGUGAGGGUGGAAUACUUCCAAAUGGUACCAUACUCCCUAAUGUUGGAGGUUAUCUUCCAAUUAUAGAACAGGAAAUGACAACAGCAGGAGGUUGCAGAUAUAGGCAGGCCAUUCCAGCAGGUCUUAGAGGGCUCUUGGACAUCGAUACUAACUUUGGCAUCAGGAAGGCUUUCCUUCCACGGGGCAAAAGGAAAUAUACCCCUCUACGGCAACCAACUGUUCAGCAAGUCCUGAUUGACAAAAUAUCUGCAGGUCCCAUAACUGUGAUUCUCAUUGGAACACACACCAACUUAGCCAUUUUCCUUAUGAAUAAUCCACACCUAAAGAAAAAUGUGGAGCAUAUUUACAUCAUGGGUGGUGGUGUAAGGUCAAAAAAUCCAACUGGUUGUUGCCCCAAAAAUGCUUCCUCUUCCUGCAUAACUGGACAGUGUGGUGACCGUGGCAAUUUGUUCACAGAUUAUAUUGCCAACCCUUUUGCAGAAUUCAACAUAUUUGGAGACCCUUUUGCAGCAUACCAGGUGAUUCAUUCUGGUAUUCCUGUUACUCUAGUUCCUCUUGAUGCAACAAACACAAUCCCCAUCAGUGAGGAAUUUUUUUAUGAAUUUGAAAAGAGUCAAGACACAUAUGAGGCACAAUACUGCUUCAAGUCCUUGAAAAUGGCUCGGGAUACUUGGCUUGACAACCAUUUCUAUACGAGUUAUUUUAUGUGGGACUCUUUCACAUGUGGUGUAGCAGUCUCAAUCAUGAGUAGCUCCAAUAAAACUAAAGGAGAAAAUGAAAUUGCUGAAAUGGAGUACAUGAACAUAACUGUAAUUACUUCAAACAAACCCUAUGGGAUUUCUGAUGGCUCCAAUCCAUUCUUUGAUGGUCUCAACGUUCCUAAGUUCAAUCUGAAGAAAGGUGGGGUACAUAGUGGUCAUGUUCAACAAGGACUUAGAGAUCCAUUUUGCAUUGUGAAGAAUGGGAAAGGGAAAUGUCAGGAUGGCUAUACAUCAGAGGUGAAUGGUCCAGACUCAGUGCCGGUACUCGUCGCUACGAAAGCAAAGCCUAACUGUGAUGUUAGGAGUCCACUUAAAAGAGAAUACUUCAAAAGCUUCUUGAAUGCUCUAAACCAACCACAGCAAGCUGGGAGGUUCAACUUCACUACACAAUUUCCUUACUACAAAGAAGUAACUUAUAGGCCAGAUUUUCAAAACACAACACUGGGGAAACCUGUUGUGUUUGACAUGGACAUGAGUGCAGGAGAUUUUCUUGCUCUAUUUUACCUCCUCAAGGUUCCUGCUGAAGUGUUAAACCUAAAGGCAAUCAUUGUUAGUCCAACAGGGUGGGCAAAUGCAGCAACAAUAGAUGUUGUCUAUGACUUACUGCACAUGAUGGGCCGUGAUGACAUCCCAGUUGGUCUAGGAGAUAUUUUUGCAAUGAAUCAGUUUGACCCAAUAUUCCCAGCUGUUGGAGACUGCAAGUAUGCAAAAGCCAUUCCCCAUGGAAAUGGUGGCUUUAUGGACUCAGACACUCUAUAUGGACUUGCUCGUGAUCUGCCUCGUAGCCCCAGAAGGUACGCAGCAGAGAACUCUCUGAAGUUUGGAGCCCCUAGGGAUACCAAUCACCCUGAACUCAGACAACCACUAGCUAUGGAAAUUUGGGAGUCAGUGUUGCAAACAUCAAAACCAGGGUCAAAGAUUACAGUAUUAACUAAUGGACCCUUAACUAAUUUGGCAAAGGUUGUAUCGAUGAAAAAUAUGAGCUCAAGAAUUCGGGAGGUUUAUGUGGUAGGAGGACACAUCAGUAGGAAUGAAAUUGACAAAGGAAAUGUGUUUUCUGUUCCUUCCAACCAGUAUGCAGAAUUCAAUAUGUUCCUGGAUCCUUUAGCAGCCAAGACAGUGUUUCAAUCAGAACUUAACAUCACACUCAUUCCGCUCAGUAUCCAGCGCAAAGCAAGUUCAUUUUCAAGCAUUUUAUCCUUGUUCCUUGGGAUAGAAAAAACACCUGAAGCAGUGUUUGCCAAGCGUCUGCUGUCAAGGCUAUACCGUUUGAAGCAAAUCCACCACAGAUAUCAACAUAUGGACACAUUUUUGGGAGAAAUUAUAGGUGCGGUUGUCCUAUCUAAUAGCCCUUCAAAUCUAAAUGCAAAGUUUGAGGUCAAAUCUGUUGAAGUCUUGGCUGAAGAGAUUGAAUCUACUGAUGGGAAAAUUGUGGUGGAUGAAAAAUGUGGAAAAACAGUGAGAGUUUUAAGUCAUGUUGAUGCCAAGAGUUAUCAUGAGAUGUAUGCAAAGAAGCUAGGUGAUCCGAUCCAAUCAGCUAAGGUUAGAAGCUUUGAAGAACAGAGGAGGAAAUGGAGUCAUCCUCAUGAUAGAAGUUAACAGGCAAAUUUCAUGUUUAUCUGCCAAAAGCAGUGUAUCUUUUUUUAUUUUAUACACUAUAGUUUUUAUGUGUGAUAUACAUAAAUUCAAAAAGACUUUUUUGUACUAUACCA